AUGCAAAAAGAACAGUGGGGCUUAACAGGAAGACAGGAGGUGAGGGAGGCCUACAAGACUGCAAAAAAGAUGGCAAAAAGAGCAGUGGCAAAAGCAAGGGCUGAGGCAAUGGAAGAGGCGUAUGAAGACCUGGAAAGAAGACAGGACGGCAGGCAACUCCUAUGGAUUGCUAAAGCAGGAGAUAAGGCGACCAAGUACACAACAUCAAUGAGGCAGAUAAAAGGUGAAUCAGGUGUAGUAUUACACGACCUUGAUAAAAUCCUGAAUAGGUGGUGGGAGUACUUUGAAAGGCUAUUGAAUGAGGAAAAUGUACGAGAGAAGUAUGAGGAUGGAGAUGUAAAUGAUGGAAUGACCCAAAGUAGGGAAGAAGCCGAACACGUGACGAAGAAAAUGAAUAAUGGGAAGGCCCUAUGGGCAAACCAAAUCCCGAUAGAAGCAUGGAAAAGUCCAGGAGAACAGGGGAAAUGA